AUGGAGUCCAACUAUCCAUACUCGCAGAAUGCCAACCAACCCCACUCGCAACAAGCCAGAGAUGAACAUCGACCAACACAUUUUCAGAAUGGCCUUUCCGGCCAACAAGCAGGCUUUGGGUUAGGACCAACGCCAGAUACUGAGACCUACGGCUAUCCAGUCUCACAGUACCAUGGCUCCCAUACGCAACAAACGCGCUUCCAGGGUUCCCAAGAACCUCAACACACAGACUUUGCCUUGCAUCAACCUCUGUAUAACCCUGUUACGGGUAUCAUCAACGACCCUUUCCUGUCGGAUACCGAUUUUCAGUACCAGGAAACGGAUUACCGUACACAGUAUACUGGUAUUGGCGCCAACCCUUCUUGGCCGCAUGUCGGCUUUCAAAACCAGCAGACGGGAUCCUAUACACAGUACACUGGCGUGGGCAAUAACCCUCCAUGGCCCCAUGUCGGCCUUCAAGCUGCGCAGCCAGCCUUUGCUUCCCCUCAUCAGGAAGCGGACUUUGGUCACGGGUUUCAAUUCGAACCUUCAACUGUUGCUCUGCAGUAUAAUCAGCAGCAACAAGCGGAUCGCAACUUCCAGCCAUAUCAUCCAGGUGCUGUUGCGUCAGGACAUCACCAACAAGCCGCAGGCUUUGGCGUUCCACAACAAAUACAACCAAGUUGGGAUGGAACACAAGCGCCACAAUGGCAGCCAGGGUAUACGCAACAGCGAGUCACGGUUCCAGCAGUAGACCUUCAGGAUCUGCACCUGUCUCAACUACGGGUUUUGCUUGAGAUGCAUGGAGCUCCACUGAUGUUCGACUAUCGGGAUUUGAACUUGGAUCAGUUGAGAAAGAUGAUGGGGAAGCGCGGCAUUCGUUUCAGAAAAGACCGAUGCAGCAAGGCCGAUCUUAUUCAAGCGCUCCAAAAUUAUGAUCGAUUCAAGGGAACGGGAUGA